UGGAGGAGGUGCUUCGGAUGACGUCAGCGUUCAGGGGCGUGGCUCCUCCUGACCCGGCGGGCGUUGCUCAAGAAGACUAGACGCUGAGAGGAGGCGUUCAUUGAUAAAAACGCCGGGCUCCCUCUGGCGCUAGAAGCGUGGCGAAGCCAGGCAGCGCCACGCGCGGCCGUGGCCGGGCGGAACCGAGAGGCAGCCGCGCUGCCCGCAUGGAGCCCGCCGCCGGGUCGCCGUCUCCGCGCGCCUUCCCGCGUGCGGCCGCCCCACCUGCACCCCCAGCCGGACCCGGGCCGCCCGCGAGCGCCCCGCGCGCACCUGAGGAGGGGACGCUAGUCGGACCCCCGGCACCGGACCCCGGGCGCCUCAUCACCGACCCGCGCAGCGGCCGUACCUACUUUAAAGGCCGCUUGCUGGGCAAGGGUGGGUUUGCCCGCUGCUACGAGGCCACCGACACUGAGAGCGGCAGCCCCUACGCGGUCAAAGUCGUCCCACUGAGCCGAGUCUCCAAGCCGCAUCAGCGCGAGAAGAUCCUCAACGAGAUUGAGCUGCACCGAGACCUACAGCACCGCCAUAUCGUCCGUUUUUCACACCACUUUGAGGAUGCUGACAACAUAUACAUUUUCCUGGAGCUCUGCAGCCGAAAGUCCCUGGCCCACAUCUGGAAGGCCCGGCAUACCCUGUUGGAACCAGAGGUACGCUACUACCUGCGGCAGAUCCUUUCGGGCCUCAAGUACUUGCACCAUCGGGGCAUCUUGCACCGGGACCUCAAGCUAGGGAAUUUCUUCAUCACGGAGAACAUGGAACUGAAGGUGGGGGAUUUUGGGCUCGCAGCUCGGUUAGAACCCCUGGAGCAGAGGAAGAAGACCAUCUGUGGCACCCCUAACUAUGUGGCUCCAGAAGUGCUGCUGAGACAGGGCCAUGGCCCUGAGGCAGAUGUGUGGUCGCUGGGCUGUGUCAUGUACACGCUGCUCUGUGGGAGCCCCCCAUUUGAGACAGCAGACCUGAAGGAAACCUACCGCUGCAUCAAGCAGGUUCACUACACAUUGCCUGCCAGCCUCUCACUGCCUGCCCGGCAGCUCCUGGCUGCCAUCCUUCGAGCUUCACCCCGAGACCGCCCCUCUAUUGACCAGAUCCUGCGCCAUGACUUCUUUACUAAGGGCUACACCCCCGACCGGCUCCCUAUCAGCAGCUGUGUGACAGUCCCAGACCUGACACCCCCCAAUCCGGCAAGGAGUCUGUUUGCCAAAGUUACUAAGAGUCUUUUUGGCAGGAAGAAACGCAAGAAUAAGAGCCAUCCUGAGGAGAGGGAGGAGGUCUCCUGUUUGGUGAGCAGCUUCAUGCGCACAUCCCUUGGCCAGCAGGGCGCCAGGCCGGAGGUACCAGCAGCUUCUGGUCCAAUCCCAGCGGGCCUGGUAGAGACAGUAGCUGAAGAUAGCUCACCACGUGGGACACUGGCCAGCAGUGGAGAGGGUUUUGAAGAAGGCCUGACCGUGGCCACAGUGGUAGAGUCUGCGCUCUGUGCUCUGAGAAACUGUGUGGCCUUCAUGCCCCCAGCGGAACAGAACCCUGCCCCACUGGCACAGCCGGAGCCUCUGGUGUGGGUCAGCAAGUGGGUAGACUACUCUAACAAGUUUGGCUUUGGGUACCAACUAUCCAGCCGCCGGGUAGCUGUGCUUUUCAAUGAUGGCACACACAUGGCCCUGUCGGCCAACAGAAAGACAGUGCACUACAACCCCACCAGCACAAAGCACUUCUCCUUCUCUGUGGGUGCUGUGCCCCGGGCUCUGCAGCCUCAGCUGGGCAUCCUGCGCUAUUUCACCUCAUACAUGGAGCAGCACCUCAUGAAGGGAGGAGAUCUGCCCAGUGUAGAUGAGGUGGAGGUGCCUGCUCCACCCUUGCUGCUGCAGUGGGUGAAGACUGAGCAGGCCCUUCUCAUGCUGUUCAGUGAUGGCACAGUCCAGGUGAACUUCUAUGGGGACCACACCAAGCUGAUCCUCAGUGGCUGGGAGCCCCUCCUUGUGACUUUUGUGGCCCGAAACCGCAGUGCUUGUACUUACCUCGCCUCCCAUCUCCGGCAGCUAGGCUGCUCCCCAGACCUGCGACAGCGACUACGCUAUGCCCUGCGCCUUCUCCGGGACCGCAGUCCAGCCUAGGCCCCAGCCCUCCGUGUUCUGAGCCCUGAGGUCUAGGCCUGUGCCUGUUAAGGUUCAGUCCUUGCAUUUGUGGCUCUCUGUGCCCCUUUGGUGCCUCACUGGGGGCUCUGGGCUGAAUCCCCUAAGCAAUCAGGGACCAGCUUUACUGGAGUUGGGGGUUGCCUACCCUUGCUGCUCCGUACCCUCUCUCUGAGAUUAAGCCUGAGCCUUAGCCCCCAGCUAGGGGGGCAUUAUUUAUGGACCACUUUUAUUUAUUGACAGACAUUUAUUUAUUGGGAUGUGAGCCCCAGGGGGGUUCUCCUCCUGGAAAUAAUAAACCAUUUUGCAGAACUUGGA